UUAUAUUGGUGAUAGUUUCUUCAGAAGCAACAUCAAUCAUCAAAACGCGGCGGCUCUUGUCGUAUCAACGCAUAGAACGUUGUCGUUUUGGGUUUAUCCUUAUCUCUUGGGGCGACCAAUAAUUGCCUUUAUUGAUCAUUUCCUCUCCCCUCCCUUUCUCGAGCUUUGUCUCUCAAUUUUCUUCCUCUUUGGAGAUAUUUUUCCUUUGGCGAAUCUUCCUCUUCCUAGAUUCCAGCGGCAACAGAUUCUAUUCGUGGGAGAUUCGAAUUUGAGGGCCUCUGAUGUGAUCGGCGAGCUAGAGGAAAGGCGAGAUAAAUCGGAGAUGGAUCGAGCACCGGUGAGCUCAGGACCGAUGGAUAUGCCGAUUAUGCACGACAGCGAUCGAUAUGACUUCGUCAAGGAUAUUGGGUCCGGUAAUUUCGGAGUGGCUCGCCUCAUGAGGGAUAAAGUCACCAAGGAGCUUGUUGCUGUCAAGUACAUCGAGCGAGGAGACAAGAUUGAUGAAAAUGUUCAAAGGGAAAUCAUAAACCACAGGUCACUUAGGCAUCCUAAUAUUGUCAGAUUUAAAGAGGUCAUUUUGACGCCGACUCAUCUGGCUAUCAUAAUGGAAUAUGCUUCUGGUGGUGAGCUUUAUGAGCGGAUUUGCAAUGCAGGACGGUUUAGUGAGGAUGAGGCUCGAUUCUUCUUUCAGCAGCUUAUAUCUGGAGUCAGCUAUUGUCAUGCGAUGCAAAUUUGCCAUCGCGACCUGAAGCUGGAGAAUACAUUGUUGGACGGAAGUCCUGCACCUCGCUUAAAGAUAUGUGAUUUUGGAUACUCUAAGUCUUCAGUUCUUCAUUCGCAACCAAAGUCAACUGUUGGUACUCCUGCUUACAUUGCACCAGAGGUGCUGCUUCGUCAGCAAUAUGAUGGCAAGAUUGCAGAUGUAUGGUCGUGCGGUGUAACUUUAUACGUCAUGUUGGUUGGAGCUUAUCCGUUCGAAGAUCCAGAAGAGCCAAGAGACUAUCGAAAGACGAUCCAGGUAACAGCUUUAAAAUUUGUUUCUUUGCUUAUCUCUUGGUUAUCCUCUGAUCCUUAUUAUGAUUCUAAAACCCAGAGGAUCCUUAGUGUUAAAUACUCAAUCCCUGAAGACAUACGGAUUUCGCCUGAAUGCUGUCAUCUAAUUUCAAGAAUAUUCGUGGCUGACCCCGCUACGAGGAUUAGCAUUCCAGAGAUCAAAAACCAUGAUUGGUUCUUGAAGAACCUCCCAGCUGAUCUUAUGGACGAGAGCAACACAGGAAGCCAAUUUCAAGAGCCUGAACAACCAAUGCAAAGCCUUGACACAAUCAUGCAAAUCAUCUCUGAAGCCACAAUUCCCGCUGUUCGAAACCGUUGCCUAGACGAUUUCAUGACCGACAAUCUUGAUCUUGACGAUGACAUGGAUGACUUUGAUUCUGAGUCUGAGAUCGACAUUGACAGUAGCGGAGAGAUAGUUUAUGCUCUGUAGUUUAAAAAAGCUUUUUAUGACCAAAAACGCUGAUCUUCAAGACCACUAGUGUCUGAUCCUCUGCUUUUCUCUAUCUGCCAUUUUUGUUAUGGGCUCAUUGUCUGUUUGUUUGUUGUCUUUUUUCUUUUCUUUUCUUACAUAUACACAUGUGCAAUGUAAAAUAUCAUAUCUAUAUACAUAUAUUUUCCAA